CGCCCCUGACUUUAAAGCUGGAUCCGCCCCUGCUUGAAAGUUCAUUGAUUCGUUAGUAAAAACUAUAAUAAUAAUAACGUAAACUGGAUUAAUAGAACAGAUGAGGGAUUUUUAAUCGUGAACCGAAAAGUGAUUUUUAGGACAAAUUCGCCUGCAGUUUUGAGGAAUCUAACGCGCGACUUUCAUGAAUUUAAUACAAAAAUGAGCCGUGAACUUAUCAAGUUCUGUGAAAGCUACCAACAGGAAAAAUGUUCUCAACCUGCGCUAAAAAGUCUUGUUUUUAAAAGUUUUUAAAUAAAUUCUUGCUCACAAAACAAAAACUCAAAAAUCUGCGAAUCAAAGAUUCUUUUUGCAACCAACAAAUAAUUAAUUUUCGAAUAAAACCAAACUAUUUAUCUUUUCGAGCUCAAAUUGGGAAACUAUCCUUAUACAUAAGCAAAAGUAUUUCCCCGCGAACCUUGAACCUAUCAGGCAAAAAACUUCCGGCGAAAGCCUUGCUGGCCUCUAUUUUCAGUUUAUUUUAGGUAUGUUAUCCUGCUAAGAGCAUGACGAGUAGCUCUCUUUUAAUAUUUGCGCUGGUGGUUGUUUGUGCAGCUGCGUUUCCUCACGAAGGCUUCUCUCCCUUAGAAAGGCCCAAAAGGCAAAACAGGCAAACAAGCGUCAAUGUGGAGUCCCCAGGAAUCGCAACUAUCCAACACUCCGGAACGGUCUUCGACAACAACCAACAUCGUCUGGAUGGUUCAGGAUACGUAUCAAAAGACUUUUCCAGGGGAGGCGGAUUGCGUCCGGAUGCGGUUGGCGGCAGCUUGGACUACUUGCAUAAACCAUCCUCGUCUUCCGUUGGAGUUCAGGCUGAUCACCUUCGCCAUGGAGGCACYGAUUUAAAAGCUUCGGGCACUUGGAAUUUUAUUGAUACACCAAAUGCGGAAGUGGGACUCACUGGCUCGUAUGGCAGGCAUUUUGGGUCUGGCUCCCGUAAGCCAGAUUGGGGAGUGUUUCUGGGAGGAACCUGGCGCUUUUGAGACCCGAAAAAGUGCGGGAAUUGUUUCAAAACUCCGUCGUUGAAGGAAAAUCAGCAAUAAACCCUUAUUAUUAUUAUUAUUA